CUUCUACUUCCUCCUCCUACAUCAACGGAGAAGUACCCGGCUACUUUGGAAUUUGAGGGAAGUUGAAUUUAUUUUCAAUCACUUUUUUUAAUUAGUAUGUACACACAAUCAAGUAUUUAUCCAUACAAUAUAAAUAUCUAUCCACAAAAAUAAAAUUUAAUAUAUCGGUGUUUUCUUCUUACCCACCCGCAUGUUUAUGGGGUCUGGUUCCCCCAUAAUUAGAUUCAUUUGGUCUCUCGCCGAUUCUCAUAAAAUACAUGAUUUAUACAUUUGGUGCUCCCUUAGAUUAUGCCAAGGAUACAUACAAAGAGUAAUCCUUCAUUGGUUCUGCUGACGUUGGAUUAUCGACAACACUCCAUUUGGAUUGCGUGCAAGAGUGUGCCAGUAGUGGCAAAAAUGUGAAUAAGGUCAUACUUCAGGGGUAUUGUUGGGAGAUGUCUAUGUUUUCUUCUGUCUUGGAGACGAAGCUUUCUGCUCUUUUCCCCUGUAGAUUGGUCACAGAGCAAAAAUUCAAACUCCGACUUUGUAGAACUAAGAGGAGGGUUUUCCGACUGAAUCGUUCGAGAACCAGAGAAGAUGAGCAGAGGAAGCGGCGGUGGCUACGAUCGCCACAUCACCAUCUUCUCUCCGGAAGGUCGUCUCUUUCAAGUUGAGUAUGCCUUCAAAGCGGUGAAAGCUGCUGGUAUCACUUCGAUCGGAGUUCGAGGGAAGGAUUCGGUCUGCGUCGUCACUCAGAAGAAAGUUCCGGACAAACUUUUGGACCAGUCUAGUGUCUCGCACCUUUUCCCGAUCACCAAAUACCUUGGAUUGUUAGCCACGGGCAUGACAGCGGAUGCAAGGUCCUUGGUUCAACAAGCAAGGAAUGAGGCAGCUGAUUUCCGGUUCCGAUAUGGAUAUGAGAUGCCUGUGGAUAUUCUCGCUAAAUGGAUUGCCGACAAGUCACAGGUCUACACUCAGCAUGCUUAUAUGAGACCCCUUGGAGUUGUUGCCAUGGUUCUGGGUAUCGACGAAGAGAAGGGACCCCUUCUUUACAAGUGUGACCCUGCUGGACAUUUUUACGGCCACAAGGCAACUAGUGCUGGUGUGAAGGAACAAGAGGCAAUCAAUUUCUUGGAGAAGAAAAUGAAAGACAAUCCCACUUUUACAUACAACGAGACAGUGCAGACUGCUAUAUCCGCUCUGCAAUCGGUUCUUCAAGAGGACUUCAAGGCUACUGAGAUUGAGGUGGGAGUAGUGAGAGCGGAUAGUCCCGCCUUCCGAGCGUUGACAACUGAGGAGAUCGAUGAGCACUUGACGGCCAUCAGUGAGCGAGACUGAUAAGUGGCUGGGAGGAUCUGCCAAACUUAAUCUUUGAUGAGUCCUUUUCAGUUUCUUGAAUCGUUUGCUUGCUGUUUAUUCGGAUUCCGACAAAGCGGUCAGUAGCUCCUCUACCAAUGGCUUAUGUCAAUCUUUCUACUGGAAUGGUUCGGUUAAAUUUUGGGUUAAUCCUCGUCAAAGGAAAUAAUAUAUGAAAUCCAAACCAAAUACCCAUAUCCGGUC